ACAUGUUAUCGUUAGCUAGCCUUAGCUAUAUAGCUUUUUGACCGUUCACAGUGCUCUGAUUGGGACUUGUUGCAGUCAGCAGUGCAUAAACACUGACGUCGUUUGGAAGCGGUUUGCUGAAAUGGAUGUUUUAAGAGAAGAGGGGGUCCAUGAGCUGAAAUACAAACCAGGUGGUCGCUUGGAUAUGAGCCACGGCUUCCUGCACCAUAUCCGGAGGAACCAGAUUGCUAGAGAUGACUAUGAUAAAGAGGUGAAGCAAGCCAAAGAGCUUCAGCGGCGGAGACACACCACAACCCCUCGAAGACCCCGUCGACCUGACAUGCAAGUGUACCAUCCUCGAAGAAGACAUGGUUCAGAGCCAGGGGCCGGUGCUGAUGCUGAAGAAAACGAGAGUGGAUCAAGCACAGAGACUGACGCCAGUGGGACUGAACUCUUUUGGCUUGAAUAUGAAGCUGAUUCUGGUACCAUUACAUCCAUCCUUGUGCACAAGGAGGACAAGCCUGAGAAGGUGGUAGAACGUGUUGCAGAGAAGAACAUCCUGGAUGCAGCCAUGAGGGCAGCUCUGAAGGUUCGAAUUCGAAAAGAAAUUGACAAAAGGCGAGACAAACGCUGAGCAAUCAUCAGAUUACGACCAUAAAGGAGCUCCACGCAAAGAGGAGGAACACUUCGUUUGCAGUUCUGCACUCCUCCAGAGCACUCUUGUGCAUUAAGGGUAUAAGAAGGAUCAUUUAGAGUGACUGUCAGCAGAGAUCUAACAUGGUGACUUAUAUUCAGGCCAUUUUUUUUCUUUUGUAAGAAGGAAGAGCACAGUUUAUGGCUGGGAGUUGUUUUCAGGUUCAAUUGCAAUUCUUGACCUUGGACAGUUGUGCUAUUCUCUGAUUCACAUAUUGGGGACACGUUUAAGUUGACUGGACAUUUUUAAAAUUGUUACUUUUUAAUAGUUACAUUCAGAAGGAGCAGGUACUCUUCUGCACAGAGCCCUAAAAGCGUUGUCCUCCAUGUCCUGUGAUUCUUGUGUUUACAAAGAUUCUGUUUGUUAAAUUAAGAUUUGAACUCCUUGUGUGAAGCGUUUUCAGCUGAUCAUCGGUCUGUCUGUCAUCGGUCUGUCAGCAAUCCUGUGUUUAAGAAAUGAGGGAAAUUAGUUUUGAAGUCCGAGUCUAGUAGAUGACCUUGUUGGGUUGGUAACUGUUCUGUAGGUUCCAGUGCUCCGAUUUAUUUUGGAUUGUUGAGAGACUUAUUUUUGAUACUGUAAUAUCUUUUUGAGGAUGACACUUUACAUAUAAAAUGUAUUAAAGCCAUGCAUUGCUGUCCAGUUUUAUGGUGCUGAGCACCACUUUUUAUUUUAUUUUUUUUUUGUCUUAUCUUAUAUGACAUAGAUUCUGAUUUUUAAACAUGAAUAUAAUACUGGAACAUAGAAAAAUACUGCAUCAGUUUGAUUUGACAAAUGUUUCACAUCAAAUUUUCAGCAGGUGGCAGCAUCAGUCAUACAACCACGCAGACCUCUGCUGUAGUUUUUCUCCUGUUUAAAUCAGGUUUUAUGCUGUACUUCUGUAAAAAGAAUGCAUUUUUCUACAGACACCUACUAAACAGUUUAGUUUCAAUAAAAAGGGGCACUUUGAAUUGUUCUAAUA